AUAUUACUGUAUUAGUGUAUUACACAGCGUUAAACAGAAACUCUUUGGUUGAGCACAAGACGGCCAGAGCUAAAUGGAGAAGACAGAGAAGGUGGCCGAAGCCGCCGAAAUAGUCCCAGAAAUCGAGGAAGCGGGUUCGGAUCCGGACGGUUCUCCUCAACCUACGGACCAGAGCCGGAGCACGAAAACCGUGAAGACCAAGGUUCCAGAGGUGGAGAUCCGUCUGUUCAGGCAGGGUAAGGGUCCGAUCGACGUGUUCAAGUCUAGCCUGGGCGGCUGGGACCAGGACCAGCUCGAGGUCCGAGAUAUCCUUGACAAAUACGGGUUCAAGUCAAUCUUUGCAUUCAAGCCCGGGUCGGGGCGCGGCCUUGCGAUCCGGUUCAACUCGAGGAACGGACGGUCUGUGUUGACUUACAGAGACGGAUCGGUGAUUUACGUCGAUGGGGAGCCCAAGGACUCCUUGAUGAAACCAGUAACCAAGAUCUUGGUGGGCGUUGCAGUAAUAACCAUUUUAAUAACAUUGGUUUUGAAGGAAACUCCAGUGUGGGUCGAGAAAUUUAACAUUUUUGGUGGGAGCUUUCCUCCAUGGAUCCUGGCUUGUGUGGUUAUUGUUUUCACACGGACGAGGAAGAGAACAAAGGACUUCUUGAAGAAAACGUUUGGUUGGUGAACAAGAUUUUUCCCCCUUUUCUUAGAGCUCAUCAAAUCUUACUUAUUUCUGAACCAAGGUUUUCUCAUAAUCAUCCAUAUGUUUACUACAUUUGACAGUAAAAAAUGUUUGGGAUUUGUUUGUAGAUGAUUUUGGUUUUUCCCAUGUCUGAGUUGGCUGAGAUCCACCUCAAUUAUCAUAAAACUAGUGCUUGACGAAGCUGUGACUGGAAUGAUUACGUGUCAUAUUUACUAUUUUGAAAUGUAAAUGGAAUUCCAUUAAUUUUAAUGAGUGGAUUUAAAUCAUGCAGAUGCA